AUGUCUGACGCUGGAGAUGAAAUUCAAGUUGAGGCCACCGACGCCCCGGUCGAGGUCUCCACCGAUGCCCCCAAGGGUAAACUGUCCGUCGAGGACGCUCUUCAGCAAGUCCUGAAGAACGCGCUCGUUCACGAUGGUCUCGCCCGCGGCCUCCGCGAGUGCGCCAAGGCCCUCGAUAAGCGCCAGGCUCACCUUUGCGUCCUCGUCGAGACCUGCACUGAGGCCGAGUACAUCAAGCUCAUCGAGGCUCUCUGCGCCGAGCACAAGAUCAACCUUAUCAAGGUUGGUGACGCCAAGGUCCUCGGCACCUGGGCUGGUCUUUGCAAGAUUGACCGCGAGGGCAACCCCCGCAAGGUCGUUGGCUGCUCGUGCGUCGUCGUCAAGGAAUACGGUGUCGAGUCGGAGGGCCUCCACGUUCUUCUUGACUACUUCAAGAACCGGUGA